GAUGAAGGCUUCAUAGCAGACCUGUUCUUCCCUCUUCCCGGUACUGCGUACUGGCGCAGAACCUUUUACCCCUGUGUAUAAUUAAAUAAAAUUGUUUAAAUUGCAUUAAAUUGUCCUAGUACGAGUACUGAACUACAUGAAGCAAAACAGGUGCAAGCUUCUAAAGUUACGUAAAGCUUUUGAUGGGUCAGUUAGAUCCUAGAGAUGUGGUGACAACAGCUGAUGUUUUUCGUCAUGGGCCCCAAAGUUCCUGGCUACGCCCCUGGCACAGUGUUUACUCUCGGAUAUCUGCGACUGCGCAGACUCAGCUGCAUGUUGAGGUCUCGCCUGUCGCCUAACAUGUUUUCAGUUUACUGCUCUGAACCAGGACCCUGCGGACCAUGAGGCGCUGUGGACCGAGCUGACACGCACACACGGACGAUAACUCUUCUGCUGACAUGACCAACUCAAAGCUGAAAUCUAAGAGCCAGGGGGAUGGAGUGGAAGGCCCGGACGGAGGCUGGGGUUGGGUGCUGGUUGUGGCGAUGUUUGUCAGCACGAGCCUUGUGUUCGGCCUGAUGCGCAGUCUGGGCGUCUUCUUCGUGGAGUUCGUCCAGUACUUCGAGGAGAGCGCUCAGGCCAUCUCCUGGAUCUCAUCCAUCGGUCUGGCAGCGCAGCAGUUCUUCAGCCCACUGGGUGCAGCUCUUUGUAAUGCUUAUAAUACCAGACCGGUGGUCAUGACAGGAGGCUUCCUCUCUGGCCUCGGACUCAUACUCGCCUCACAGGCCACCUGCCUGGUCCACCUCUACCUCACUAUGGGAGUAAUCUCAGGUUUGGGCUGGGGGCUGGUCUUUACCCCCAUGGUUGCCACAGUCAUGGCUAACUUCACCCAUAGACGAGCCCUGGCUGUAGGACUGGGUUUCUCUAGCAUUGGCCUUUCUUCCUUUGCUUUUAACCCUCUUUUCCAGCUGCUGGUGGAGACAUAUGCCUGGCGAGGUGCCCUGCUCAUUCUAGGGGGCCUCAGCCUCAACAUCAUGGCCUGCGGAGCCCUUAUCCGACCAGAGUGCCGCUCUAAAGGCCCAGCAAAGCUGGACUCACAGAGCAGAUUGCCAUGUUCUGAUAUGCUGCAGAGAGUCUCCUCCUACCUGGAGGUAUCAUUGCUUUGUGAGAGGCCUUAUCUCACCUACACUCUAGGUGUAACUCUUUUUAACUUCGGCUAUUUUGUGCCGUAUUUCCACCUGGUGGCCCACAGCCGCCAUGUGGGCUUCUCUGAGUACGGGGCGGCGUUCAUCAUGUCAGCUGCAGGCGCCACAGACAUUUUUGGCCGAAUAGUUUCAGGCUGGUUUUCUGACUUGGGACACUUUAGGGUCAUUCAUCUACUGAUCCUGUGGACAGUUUUGGCUGGAGUGUUCAUCAUGCUUCUGCCAGUGAGCUCCUUGAUGGGUUCCUACUCUGCACUGAUGGUGAUCAGCCUUCUCUACGGUUUCUGCUCCGGCGCUUUGACUUCCAUGGUGUUUGCUGUGGUGCCGAUGAUUAUGGGAGUGGAGCGCAUGAUGGGGGGCCUCGGGCUGCUGCAGCUGAUCGAGAGUUGUGGAGGACUGCUGGGGACUCCACUGUCAGGUUGGCUCAGAGACAACACAGGAAACUAUGUGGCCUCCUUCAUGGUCGCCGGCUCCUUCGUACUCCUUGGUAGCUUGACCAUGACCACGCUGCCUCACUUCUUCUCCUGCACGGACCCACCACCUCCUAAGAGACCCGUCCUCAUAGAUAACAGUGACGCUUUGCGUUUAGAGCUGGCACAGAAGAACUGCUGUUCCUCUGAGAUGAACCAUCAAGCCGUGGAACAAACCAAGAGGUGAAAUAACCGGGGAGAUCUCUCUGUUUGUAAAAGUCAGCUGAGUGUUUUUAUGAAUCUACCUCAGAGGCUCAGAUCCAAAGCCUGUGGAUAAAGAAAGGGUCCAGUAAAAGACAGAAGGAGAAAAAAGUGUUGUCCCUUUUUAAAUGUGCAUUUUAAUCGUACAUGACAAAGACAUUAAGGAUCAAAAAAUAACAUUAUAGUGAGUGUAAAUUACAGCUAGAAGAAAAAGAGUUGAGACGCAUUAGUAUGUUUUCUCCGACAUGAAAUGUACACCAGAUGUCGGUAGCAAAAUUAGUCCAUAAAUUAGGUUAUGCUUGAUAAAACAGAAUGACAAAAGAAAUGCAUAUUUCCUCCACAUAAACUGCCUUUAAAUCUUAAAGGUUCUGAUGGGAAUCGUCUCUGCACUCUGAUCUUCUGUUUUUUUUUUUCCAUAAAUCUUCAGAUGAUUUCCAGUUAGAUAUUUGACUGGGCUAAUACAGCAGCUCCAUUCUCCUUCUCUGAAACCAGCUUAGUUUCCUUGGAAGUGUGUUUGGGAAUGUCCCGGCACAUUUCUCCUUUCAUCCUUCCUUCAAGUAGAUGAGGUGACAAAUGCUGAAAAACAGCCCCCAGAUCAUGGCGUUCCCACCUCCACGCUGGUUAUUUUGGGGGUUAUGUGCAGUGCAUUGACAUGAAAGAGUUAAAUUAUGGUCUAUAUUCUCCCAGUAUCCCGGGACACAUUUUAAUAGGCCAUUAAUUAGGACUGUAUCAGCUGAUAUUAUUUUUGCACUCAGGAUUGCUUUCUAAAAAGUGACAGAUUUCAGAUGGAUUUUGGGCUUACUAUGCCUGUUGCAUCUCCUUUUCUUUAAGUGUUAUAUGUAUUCCCUGAGUCAUUCUACUGUAUUUCACAUAAAUAGAUUUAUAAACUUUUCA